AUGAGCCACCGGCGAGAUUCUGGCGGUGAUGUAGUUCACGUGAUACCCACAAACAAUCCUCCGCCGGAGAAUUGGUUCCCGAAUCUCGGAGAUAGCGCCGUCUGGGCAACGGAAGACGACUACAAUCGCGUCUGGGCGGUGAAUCCCGACAAUUCCUCCGGCGACAACGGUCCUCCGAACAAGAAAACGCGAGGCUCUCCUUCGUCCUCAUCCGCUACUACCACUUCCGCCUCCGCCGCAGCAGCGAGCAAUCGAACCAAAGCGAUCGGGAAAAUGUUCUUCAAGACGAAGCUCUGCUGCAAGUUCCGCGCCGGGACUUGUCCUUACAUCACGAAUUGCAACUUCGCUCACACCGUGGAGGAGCUUCGUCGUCCACCGCCGAAUUGGCAAGAGAUCGUGGCGGCUCACGAGGAGGAGAGAUCCGGUGCGGGUACUCCUACGGUUGCCGCUGCGGCUGAGCCAAGGGAGGAGUUUCAGAUCCCGUCUCUGGUGUCAUCGACGGCUGAGAGUGGGAGAUCUUUUAAAGGAAGGCAUUGCAAGAAGUUUUACACCGAAGAAGGAUGUCCUUACGGAGAAAGCUGUACGUUUCUGCACGAUGAGGCUUCGAGGAACAGAGAAAGCGUUGCGAUUAAUUUAGGCCCUGGUGGUGGUUACGGUGGAGGAAACGGCGGUGGUUCUGCUGCUGGUGGUGGUGGUGGUAAUAGCAACGUGGUAGUGCUUGGUGGUGGUGGUGGAAAUGGAAGUGGAAAUGUAAGUGGAAGUGGAAUUCAUAUUGUGAAGCCUUCAAAUUGGAAGACAAGGAUUUGCAACAAAUGGGAGAUUACUGGUUAUUGUCCGUUUGGUGCUAAGUGUCAUUUUGCUCAUGGAGCUGCAGAGUUGCAUAGAUUUGGAGGUGGGCUCGUUGAGGGAGAAGGCAACGACGGAGCAUCGCCCAAUUCGGACAUGAAGCAAACAGGAGCAAACACGAAAGGACAUUCGGAUACAACACCGACGCUUCUAUCUCCGGGAGUUCCUCAUCUUGCAGACGCCGGUUACCACAGUGGAGUCGCGUUGCAACGAGCGUCUAGUGCGGUUACGCAGAAACCUGGGAUCAGAACUCAUCAGAAAUGGAAAGGACCGGCGAAAAUAAGUCGGAUAUACGGUGAUUGGAUCGACGAUGUUGAAUGA